AUGUCUAGCCUUAAAAUCGAGAGCCCCGCCAUUCCCUGUGGUAGCUUGAUCGUUGUCACUGGUUGCACUGGCUUUAUCGGAUCUCACGUCGCCGAUCAAGUUCUUGCUGCCGGAUACCAAGUUCGCGGCACAACUCGAGAUUCACAAAGGAGCUCAUGGGUGGAAGACUUCUUUACACAAAAGUAUGGUGCAGACAAAUUUGAAUUGGUUUCCAUACCUGACAUGACAGCUUCCAACGCUUUUGACGAGGUCGUGAAAGGUGCUGCGGGCUUCAUACAUGUCGCUCACGAUAUGACUGGUUCGCGAGACCCGAGCAUCGCCAUCUCGCUCUCGGUUAACAUGGCACUUAACGCCGUGAAAUCAUCGAACAGUGCAGGCUUGAAAAGAUUUGUUUACACGAGCAGCUCGUUCGCAGUCACACAGCCGAAGCCUAAUGUGGACUACAUCGUCAAUGAAACUACGUUCAACGAAGAGGCCGUUCGAAAGGUGGAAGAGCAGGGCGAGAAAGCAGGCGGCGCUACCGUGUAUGCCGCCUCCAAAGUUCACACAGAGCGAGCUCUGGCGAAAUGGAAGGAACACCACGGUUCCGAGAUCACCAUCAAUUGCAUCAAUCCGAACGCGAAUAUCGGCCCAAUCCUCCGACCCGAGCAGCAAGGGUAUCCAACAUCCGCCGCCUGGGUGAAGAAUCUAUGGGAAAGGAACUACGCCGCUAUGAACAAGCGCGCCCCAGAGCACUUCAUAAACGUGCAGGACGACGCAAAGUUGCAUGUAAUUGCGCUUUUACAUCCUGAUUUGAGCGGCACGAGACUGUUAGGGUUGGCGGGAUCGGCGCCAAUAAGUGAGAUUGCCGGAAUUUUGAGGAAAGCCUAUCCUAAUAGGAAGUUUGACUAUAUUGAGGACGACGGAAAGAAUGGAUGUGUUAACGCCGAGGCAGAUCGCAUUGAGGCUUUAUUGCAAGAGGCAUAUGGACAUGGCUAUACUAGUCUAGAAGAAAGUGUGAAGGCAAAUGCGAAAGACUUGAUCUAAAUCGAUGAUAUACUUUCAAAAUAAAU